GCGCAGUUUGGUGCGAUCACAUCCUUGCUCGGCGAGGAUGAGGACGAGCCUGAGGAGCAGGUGCCCGACAAGGCGCAAAGCAGCCAAGUGACGAAGCCUGUUCCUGAUGCCGAUGGGCACCGAACGGACCGGGACCAGGAUGUCGCAGCUCUGGCAGCGGUGCCAGGAGCACAACUUCCGGACGAAGUGCCCGAGGCCUCCCCGGCGCCCUCGGCCACCAGCGAGCUCGUAGCAGGCUGGAGCUUUGAG